GUAGGCCGGUAUCGUGGGCGUCCGUUUGGGCCUUGGGAUGUGCAUCCCGUCAGUGGGUGGCAGGCCUAUCCAGUGAAAUACAGCCGACGAUACGGCCAGGGAGGAGUGUGUAGGCGUAUUGUGUGCGGCCAUGACUUAUCGUUCGAAACAGCACAGGCGACAGAAUCUUUGCCCUGGUCACCCCCAUCCCCACGACGAUACCGCAGCCUGCGUGGAACAAACCAGAGCCACGCAGCGGGUCGGCUCCUCCACCCCCUCCCCAUCUGGCGAACGGCGGCGCCUGUGCUGCUCCGGCGAGGUGCCCAGCAAUGGCCUCGAGCUCAACGGGAUGUGUGCUGCGCCCGGGCCAUGGAGCAGUUCCGUCUUCCCAGUCGAGUCACAGGAUUCGAUGAGCGUCCCCAGCGUCGUGUUUGGCGCCGGCGGCGGUGCACAGGUAGGCGUGGAGGCGGCGGCAGGCGAGGUGUGCUCUGAAGCCACUAGUGGCUGGACACGCAGGGGUGUUCCCUGGCUGGCGCGGUGGAUUGGUUCCAUUCUACCAGUGGACUACCAGGAUUCGAUGAGUGCCCCCAUUGUCAAGGUGGACGCGGUCGGCAAAGCACAGCCAUAAGAAACUGAAACUCUAUUAUCACACAGUAACCUGAUGUUCUACGAGCUAAUGCGGAUGCAAGGGAACCAUUUAGCGGCGGCAAGUGACUUGCUUGAGGCAAUCAAAGGGUCGUUCGUUGUUCUGUAAAACAGUUUGCCCUGUGUGGUAUCGGCAAUUUUUUUAGGGAAUAGGUAUAGGCAAAUGGAAAUGCCAUGUAACUCUUUUUCAUUCAGUUUUAAGAACCUCCCGCAAGAUAUUCAGUUUGGACCGUGUGUAGGGUUAAUUCAAUGCAAAUGCACUUUAAUUCAUGCA